ACUCCUUCCCUAAUUUAUUAUUAAUUUAAUUACCUUCCUUUUCAGUAGAGUGAGAAUCCCCAUCCCAUUGAUUUUAUAGAGAGAGAGAAAGAAAGAAAGAAAAAAAAACAGAAGAGAGAGAAAACAAAAGAGAGAAAAAAAGAGCGAGAAGAGAGAGAAAGAGAAGAGAGAGAAAGAGAAAAAGAGAGGAGAGAGAAAGAGAGUGUGUCUGUUACUUUAUCUGCUUUUUAUCAUUUCAUCACUACCACCACCACUUCUGCUUUUUAUCUUCUUCUUCUUUCUUUCUCUCUGUGCAGAAUUCUCAGACCACGCGAGGAAGGAAGCGAAAGUUUCGGUGAUAAUUGGCUGCGGUACUAUUACGGCUCAAGGCAGCGAAUGUGACUUACCAACGAGAUCUCUUCAUUUUUUUUUUAUUAUUAUUAUUUCAACAAUGGGAAGUGUCUCUUCCGAUGAUGAAGCCGUUUCCGAUCAGCAGAGUGAACGUUGCGGAAGCUAUAGCUUGAGUGCCGACGUUAGUGAGUCGGAGAGUUGUAGCAGUUUCUCUUGCCGGAGGUUUGAUGCUGAAGGAGCUUCUAGUUCAAUGUCUUCUUCUCCACGUCCGAUGGCUGCCGACAAAUUCCCGUUUUCUUUGCCGGUUAUGCUUCCGUUUAUUGGUGGGAAGGGGUUGGUUAGUUGGGACCACAAACCUCAAAAACGUGAUACUGAGUUAUCUGAGGUUGAGUUGAUGAAGGAGAGAUUUGCUAAGCUUCUGCUUGGAGAAGAUAUGUCUGGAGGUGGAAAAGGAGUCUGUACUGCCCUAGCCAUAUCUAAUGCCAUAACCAAUCUUUCGGCAACUGUUUUUGGUGAGCUAUGGAGAUUAGAGCCUCUUGCUCAGCAGAAAAAGGAAAUGUGGCGUAGAGAAAUGGAGUGGUUAUUAUCUGUUUGUGAUUCUAUUGUUCAGCUUGUACCUACGACACAGCCGUUCCCAGGUGGGGGAGCGUUUGAAGUUAUGGAGAGUCGGCCUCGUGCAGACUUAUACAUUAACCUCCCUGCAUUAAGAAAGCUUGAUGCAAUGCUUCUGGCUAUGCUUGAUGGGUUUUCCAACACGGAAUUCUCCUAUGUCGAUCGAAAUGUAGCUCUUGACGAUUCUAAUGAUGGAAAGGGAUACAUGAUUGGUGGAAGACCUUCAAUUAGGCAGGAAGAUAAGUGGUGGCUUCCAUAUCCAAAAGUUCCUCCUAAUGGACUCUCAGAUGAUGCCCGGAAGAGGUUGCAGCAAUGUAAGGAUUGUACCAAUCAGAUACUUAAGGCUGCAAUGACUAUUAACAGUAAUAUGCUUGCAGAGAUGGAGAUUCCCAGAGCAUACUUGGACUCAUUACCCAAGACUGGAAAGGCAUGCCUUGGUGAUAUUGUUUAUCGUUACAUAACAGCCGAACAAUUCUCCCCAGAAUGCUUACUUGAUUGUCUGGACCUCUCAUCUGAACAUCUGACUAUUGAGAUAGUUAACAGGGUUGAGGCAGCAGUGUAUAUUUGGAAAAAGAAGGAUUGUAGGAAACAAUCAUCUGGUAAGAAGGGAAAGCGUUCUUCUUGGGGUGGCAAAGUCAAAGGCCUUGUUUCCGACAUUGACAAAAACCUCUUGUUAGCCCAACGAGCAGAAUCUCUCUUAAACAGCCUGAGAAAUCGUUUCCCUACCCUUCCACAGACUGCAUUGGACAUGAGCAAAAUUCAAUACAAUAAAGAUGUGGGGCAGUCGAUUCUCGAGAGCUACUCGAGAGUCAUGGAGAGUCUAGCCUUUAACAUAAUGGCGAGGAUUGAUGACAUCCUCUACGUUGACGAUGCCAUCAAGAAAAAUGCUGAUUCACAGUCAGCACCGGAUCUCUUUGGGAGAUCUGGUGGACUAGGCGGUCUUCCUCUCCAGAAGAAGAUAUCUCCCAGUCCUUUCUCCAUACAUCACACACCCUUUGCAUCGCCUCUCGCUACCCCAUCUAUGUUCUCUUCGACGCCACUUGAUGGAAGUCCCGGAAGGACAUCUCUUGCUCUGAAGAAAAAUUCUGAUUUGGAUAAAGUAUGGUCAUAUGUCGGGAAUCUUAGCGCCAGGCGUACUAUUGGGGACGCUCCUGAGCGGAAUUAAGCGAAGUAACUUAUCGUCGUUGUAGCUGACAUUAACCCCAAGAAGUUGAUCAUCAAUAUUCUCAAGAAAAUCUCAGACUUAUUUUGUGGUUCUUGAUGGUAGGUAUUGGAAGUUUAAGGAGCAUAUGUAUAUUCUUUAGUAGUAGAAUUUUAGUAUAGGUUAAAGUUUUGAUCAUGUUUUAUCAUAUUAUGUUAUUGUAGAUGAAGGAAGGAUACUAUGCAUGUUUUUAUACUUAGUGGUAUUUAUGAAAACUUAUUCAACCUCCACACA